AACAGACAGGGCAUCAGUGCAGCAGCAGUUUUCACAGUGUUUUGAGGAACAAAUACACCACCAACCACCACCAUGGGCAAAAUCAUCUUCUACGAGGACAGGAACUUCCAGGGCCGCUCUUAUGAGUGCAGCUCUGACUGCCCUGACAUGUCCUCCUACAUGAGCAGGUGCCAAUCCUGCAGGGUUCAGAGCGGCUGCUUCAUGGUGUACGAGCGCCCCAACUUCAUGGGAAACCAGUUCUUCCUGAGGAGGGGAGAGUACUCAGACUACCAGAGUAUGAUGGGAAUGAGCGAUGGUAUCAGGUCCUGCCGCAUGAUCCCCAUGCACAGAGGAAACUUCAGGAUGAGGAUCUACGAGAGGGAGAACUUCGGAGGUCAGAUGAUGGAGCUGAUGGACGACUGUGACUCCAUCCAGGAUCGUUACCGCAUGUCUGACUGCCAGUCCUGCAACGUGAUGGACGGCCACUGGCUGAUGUUCGAGCAGCCCCACUUCAGAGGCAGGAUGAUGUACAUGAGGCCUGGAGAGUGCAGGGGCUUCAGAGAGAUGGGUAUGAGUGCCAUGAGGUUCAUGAGUAUGAGGCGUAUCGUGGAUUCUUGUAAUUAAAUGCACCAGUAUCAAAUUACUGUCAAUAAAUAUCUGACUUACUAAAAA